AUGUUCCAGCAGGACAGUAAUGAUGAUGCUGAAGAUGUUUCACUGUUUGAUGCAGAAGAGACAGCGAAUAGACCUAAAAGAUCCAACAUUAAACAUCCAGUGGCAUCAUUUUUCCAUUUGUUCUUUCGAGUCAGUGCGAUGAUAGUCUAUCUUCUAUGUGAAUUGUUCAGCAGCACCUUUACUGCCUGUAUGGUCACCAUUAUCUUGUUGUUAUCAUGUGCCUUUUGGGCAGUGAAGAAUGUCACAGGUAGACUAAUAUUUGGCCUGCGUUGGUGGACUCAUCUUGAUGAGGAUGGAAAGAGCCACUGCAUAUUUGAGUGCAGGAAGUGGCUGGCGGUGGUUAUCAUGGGUAUGGUGCUGCGAGGUGCCAACCUGUGUGGUUACAUCAGGCGUAAGGUGGGCAGCAGGAAGAAUCUAACCAGCAUGGCUACCUGGUAUCUCAGAGAGCAGUUUUUAAGACAAAACACUGGAGAUGACCAGACUUCCUGA